CAGUUAUGUGCUCAAGUUAUUAACGAAAGAGAAAGUCGACGAAGAGAAUCGAUCAAUGUUACUUAGAACCUAAUGCAAUGUUCAGCUUGAUAUAUUUUAUUUCCAUAAUCAUUCUGUGUGAUUCGUUUUUACUGUUUUUACAAGUUACACGAUUUCAAGAAAAAAAAAAUUUCCAAUAUGAGCUCCAAGCUAUCGAAAGUGCUGCGCAUUUCGCUUGAGGAUUACAUUGCAAAAAAGGGAAUCGUUGCAAGCCCUCUGCCGAAACCGGCCGAUUCUUCAGAACCGGCCUAUUUCAAGCGUCCAAUAGGGUCGGAAAUGGAAAUUGACGAUGAUGAGAAUGAUAACGAAACGAAAGACACCUCUGUCAAGGUUGAAAGAAUCUAUGACGUGGUUCAAGUUCCGACUAAAAAGAAUUCUAACCCAGAGUGUCGCAAUUUCAAUUCGAAUGAGAAGAAAAAUGGUAUUCACAUGCGUUCAUCACAGGAAAAUCAGAUUUCGAAGAAACUCACUGGUGCUUCGCCGUUGAUGACGGUCAAGUCCGUCUUCGAUCGGAACACUGAACAACUGAUUGGCUCGCUAAAUGAGAACGCAAAUUUCAGAAAUGUCGAUGCCAGGAAUCGCAUCAAUCAGCGCCUGAUGAACAAUCAGGGUCAGCGACAGAAGAACAAUAAUUAUUACAGCCAUCAGAAUAAAAACAAAUGGAACAAUACUUACCGUAAUCAGUAUGGUAAAAAUCCUAACAUGAUGGCUAGUUUCAACCCAAGUUUUCAGCGCUUCUCACAGCGCAGCAGCGUUCCAAUGAACAAGAGACAAAUCAUAGAUUUGCGACAGUGCAUUGAGCCAUCGUCGUCGCUGCAAUCUCAAGGCACUACUGGACCUUUGAUUUCUAAUGGCCCCUGGAGACCUCCGACACAAUUUGCUCAACCGCAGCUGGUUACCUUCGCAGAUAUGUUGACUCAAAUCGGUCAAACCGCGGACAAUCAAAACCGAGAAAUGUUUGCAAACAUCAUUCGUAAUGUGAUGCACAAUCAGCACCAGCAAGAACCAUCAGCCGCCAUGGUACCGAUGAUGACAGCGAAAAAUGUUUCCCAGAUGAACUCGACCGAGUUGAUGCCGAUUGCUGCGCAAACAUUGCUCAAUCAUAUUACGACGGUGCAACAAAACUUCGGUCCUAAGUAUGACAUGAAACUGCAGAAGGAGAUCCACACAUUACAGAACAAAUCACUUCUCUAUCGAUCCAACGGAGUGGUCAGUAUAGAUGGACCAGGGAUCGGUGGCGAACAGGUUAAGCCGGUAACCACGGAUAUUAGCAUGAAUAUGCGCUUCAGCUAGGAUGAAUUUGGUAGCAGGUAAGGUGAAACCCGUGAAGCACUGGAAUUCUGUGAGUAAUGCGGGACUGGAAUUUUUCUUCAAACUACCAACAAUACUGCCUGGAACGCGCGAAUAGUUAUUGUUCACAUCAGCUGAGACAAUUUCGUAAAAACCGUUACGAUCCGUGUUCGUUUAUUUGUCAUGAACUGAUAUUAAAUUUUUAAUUCCCUCCAUAAAUGUUUCUGUUGUCCUUCUUACGUCUCUUUCGGUUUGAAAUCCCGUGAUAAUAUUUUUUUCUGGGCAACCAAAGCAAACAUCAGCUGUGUUUCCGGUGGUCGGCUUUGGUAGCCGAGGGGCCACUUUUCACGAAUGAAAGCUUGUCGGAUGGCAGUCUUCUCUGCUAACAUGGCAUGGUAUGGCGUACGUCAUUUAUCUUCCGGUUUUCAAUAAGU